CAUGUGCACACACUUCAUAGAGACAGAGCAGCAAGCGAUGAGCAGAACAGCGUUGGAAAGGAGCGUGAGAGCACUGGCUCCACUUCUUUCAGAGGCUAGGAGACAGAGAAUAGCAGACGUGGUAAACAGCAGGACUGGCUCCCUUGCUGUUCUGCUGGAGAACGCCUGGGACGAGGGGAACCGCAAUGCCGUCCUGAGGAGCAUGGACGCAUUCGGAACCCACACUCUCCACUGCAUCAACUACGGGAAAGAGGGGAAAGCGACCAGUAGUAGUGGAGCGAGUGAGAUGCGAACAGAUGCCGGAGCAAGGAACUGGAUAGUCAGGAGAGACUGGAGCGAAGUAGAAACGUGCAUACGUCAACUACAAAGGGAGGGAUUCACGAUUGCCAGCACAACUCCCAAUUCCAACAAGACACUGCAAGAUGUUGAUUUCUCAAAGAGGCUGGUGAUUGCAUUUGGCAACGAGCACAUUGGAGUCUCGGAAGCCUUACUGGAAGCCUCAGACGUGAAAUUCUCUAUACCAAUGAUUGGUUUUGUUGAGAGUGUCAAUCUUUCAGUGUCUGUGGCAGUGACCCUCUACCAGGCAUUCUCACAGAGACUGGCCAGAUUGGGUAAUCAUGGUGAUCUCUCAGAGUCUGAAAAGCUGCAGCUGACACUGCACUACUAUAUGCAGAGCCUCGGGGUCCAACUAGCUCAAAACGUCAUCGACCGCUAUUCGAACAUUUGACACAAUCAUCACACAACAUCAUUCUAGUAUCAAACAACUUGUGGCAUUCAACACAUACAGAUAACAAUAGUAUAUAUAAUACACGACACCCUAAACUUGUCCAACUAUGAAAAUGUCUGUGUGUAUCUCAUAGCAUAGAUUUACUAACAACAGCAUACAGCUAAACCACACACCAACACACCGCAGAGUGUGUGCGGAUGGUGGUAAGCUUGAUGGGGCACACGCACACACAAUGUCUAGCUCUUAGUGGAUAACACCAGAGCCACGAUCAGUCCGUAGAGACCCAAAACUUCGGCAAAGAUGAGGAUGAGGAUCAUUCCCACAAAGAGCCUCGGUUGCUGCGCUGUUCCUCGAACACCUGCGUCGCCGACUAUCCCGAUGGCAAAUCCUGCAGCAAGGCCGCUGAAUCCUACAGACAGUCCAGCUCCUAGCUGAAGAAAUGACCUGUUUGUUGUGUAAUUGAGCAAGGACGAGAAAGAGAGAGAGAGAGAGAAGGGGGGCGGGGAACCAACCGUGAUUAGUGACGAAAGAGUGAGCACACACAUGAGCCAAGCAUAAGCAAAGAGAGAGAGAGAGAGAAGGCAUGAGAGGUAUAU